AUAGAUAGAUCAGAGGGACGCCGGUUAGGUCGCCUGCUAGCUCCGGCGACAUGGCACUCAACUACAUGGGCGCCGCGGCCAUCAAUGCGGUGGCGGCCCUGCUGUCCAUCCCGGUGAUCGCGGCCGGCAUCUGGCUCUCCACGCAGGCCGACAACGCCUGCGUCCAGAUCCUCCAGUGGCCGCUCAUCGGCCUCGGUGUCGCCGUCCUCGCCGUCGGCCUGGCGGGCUUCAUCGGCGCCUUCUGGCGCCUGCCCUGGCUCCUCCUCGCCUACAUGGUUCUCAUGCUCCUCCUCGUCGCCGCGCUCGCCUGCGUUGCCGUCUUCGUCUUCGUCGCCACCGCCGGCACCUCCGGUCGGCCCGUGCCCAGCCGCGCCUUCCUUGAGUACGACCUCUCCGACUACUCCGGCUGGCUGCGCCGCCGCGUCGCGGAUGAGCCGGCGAGGUGGGACGAGAUCAAGACGUGCCUCGCCGCCACCGCGCCCGUCUGCUCCGAGCUCAACCAGACGUACGCCGCGCCGCAGGACUUCUUCGCCGCCUGGCUCUCCCCGAUGCAGUCCGGCUGCUGCAAGCCGCCGACGAGGUGCGGCUACACGUUCGUCAGCGCGACAAACUGGAUCAGCCCGAUCGACACCGCCGCCGACCCCGACUGCGCCGCCUGGAGCAACGACCAGGACCGGCUCUGCUACUCCUGCGACUCCUGCAAGGCCGGCCUGCUGCAGAACCUCCGCCGGGAGUGGCGACGCGCAGACGUCGUCCUCGCCGUCACCGUCGUCGCCCUCCUUGCAGUCUACGCCAUGGGCUGCUACGCGUUCCGCACCGCCAGGACGGACGAGCUCUUCCGCCGCUACCGGCAGGGCUACACGUAAUUUAAUUUAUAUGGAUCCAAUGUUCACAUUUCCUGAAAAUUUACAUACAUUUAUUUGUACUUCAUCUGUUCCUUUAUAUAGAGGAGUGUUCGGAGUCCCUUCGCUCCCGACUCAGGCUGGUCAUAAUGGAGAGUAUCAUAUAAUAGUAUCAUGCAUAUGAUA